AUGAUCUCCCAAGUCUCAACCGACCUUCCGCUAGCAGAAGACGACCCUAUAAUCGGCUUCCAAAAGAAAGAUCUAAUUGGCCUUGAUCUACCACACAAUGACGCUCUUGUCAUCAGCAUUCAAAUCGCUCAGGCCAUGGUCGGCCGAAUCCAUGCAGACGAGGGCAGUGCGGCCAACAUCCUACAAUUGACAGUUAUCCAACAGAUGGGCUUAGAGGCAAAGAUCAAUAAAUCAGCCAAGUCGCUGACUGGUUUCAAUGGAGCAACAACGGUUACCGUAGGCACGAUAGAGCUCGACGUCUACGCCCCACCUGUAAUCAGCUCUCAAACGUUCAUGGUCAUUGAUGAAGUCUCACCCUACAAUGGCAUUCUAGGCAGACCAUGGAUCAGCAAGAUCAAUGCCAUCACCUCCGCCACGCAUCAGAAGAUUCGCUACCCAAUUCCUUUGGGGUGGGAUCGGCCAAAUCAACAGCGAUCAGGCGAUGGCGAGGAAAUGCUCAGCUCAAGGGCUGAAGAAAGGCAAGCAAACACAGUUCCUCCCUGUGAAUCAAGCAGAUCUAAAGGGAGUAGAACAAGCAGAUGA